CCAAGCAUUCAUCAUUUACAGCAUCAUUUGUCAUGACUGGUGUUGAAGAUGCUUCUACAUCUGAGCCUACUAAUGUAGCCAGCCCACCUGCGAGUGAUAUCGAUGCUCAAAUCGGAGAUCCUUCAUUAAAAAGUCCAGAAGAUGCUCAAAAAGAAAAUGAGCUCACGGAGGCACAGCUGAGCCAAAUCGAAGAAGAGCAGAAACAAACACCUUUGGUCGGAGAUCGGGUGCCUUUCGAAGUCGUCGUGAUGGAGUAUGACCCCAUGGAAAGUCCGGAGUUUUACAAUAAAGCCAAGGACUUACUUGGAACAUAUUCCGAUGUUCGCAUCAUCCGUCGAGACGGCAAUUGCUUUUACCGGGCCGUACUGGUCGCGCAAGUGGAGCUGAUGUUGAAUGACUCCGCCGAAUGUACAAGGUUCGAACAAAUUUGCAAAGGGUGGCAAGAUCGUCUCAUAAAACUUGGAUACCCUGAUUUCACUACUAAUGAUUUCUGUGAAGUGUUUUACAAAUGGAUGACACCAAUUUGGACACAACAAGCUGAUCGCAAGAAAUUAUUUGAAGAUCUCAACGAUGACAAUGAAGCCAAUUACCUCAUCAUCUUUCUAAGGUUGAUAACAGCGGGCUAUUUGAAAGAGCACGCCGAAGAGUAUGCACCUUUCAUUGAGAGUGUAAGUCUUGCUGACUACUGUGUCACUGAAAUUGAGUCAAUGUGGAAGGACGCAGAUCAUCUAGCAGUGACUGGGCUUGUGAAUGCCAUUGGACAGAGCAUCCGCGUACAAUACAUGGAUCAGAAUGCAGCUCCUAAUGGAGGGCUACACUACGAUUUUCCACCAGAUCAGAAAGAAACACCUCGUAUAACUCUGCUCUAUCGACCAGUUGAGUUCGCCUUUAUAGUUGAGUAUUACCUUCAUAAUCAUUAA